AUGAUUCCCUCUGUCAUGCUCGGUCCAGUAGUGGCUAUGCCACCAGCUUGCGCCCUUCUUUGUGCACAGAUUGCCAUGAUCCAUGGGCAUGCAUUACCGCUGUGCUUUUUGGUGGCAGCUGUUUCGGCAAUGCUCGCGCACGGGCUUCUCUUGGUUCCCAGCGUCGCCUUUCAAUAUUCUUUGCCGAUAGUCCUCGGCCCUGGAUCAGGUCUUUGCACUGCGAAGAUCUUGGGCGGAGACCGCUGUGUUCUGUUUUGUGUCGCAGCCCUUAUCCUCCCUGUUCUGGUGCACUGUGCAUUGAUGCUCCGAGUGAUGAAAGUUGCGAGCUGGCAAUAA